AUGAGGAAGGUAAAGUCAAGUUUGGCUGUGCUUAUGGCAUGCAUGGUGGUUGCAUCCAUGGAUUUCCAUGGCUCAACAGCAAAAGAGUUCAUGGUGGGUGGUCCAUUCGGUUGGGGUGUGCCACAAAAUCACAAAUUCUAUGAUAUGUGGUCAAAUCAUCAUACCUUCAAACCUCAUGACGUGCUCAUCUUUAACUUCACCGGCGAACUUUCUAACAACGGCGUCGCAGAAGUGACAAGGGAUGCAUAUCUCAAAUGUGAUGCUGAGAACCCAAUCUCACACCAGACCACCAGCCUCACUAGAUUUAACCUUAAGAACACGAGCACGAACAAUCAUUAUUACAUCUGCACCAUACACCAAAAUUGCAAGUUAGGGCAGAAAUUAGCGAUUAUGGUUUCCUUCCGUUGA